AUGUCUUUCUUUUUCUCUUCUCGUCCAUCUUGUUCUUCCUCUCAUAUUUCUUCUUUUUCUCUUUCCCUCUUCUCUGGCUUCCGCUUACUCUUAUUUUUAUUCCCAUCCCGGUUUAUUCUUCUACAUCACCUUCCCCAUUCCUCAGCCUUUUCCUCACACUUUCUCUUGCUUUUUUUCUUUCGCUUCCUCUUUCUGCUUCUUUUGCAUUAUCAUUCCUCCUCUCUUCUCCCCCUGUCUAUUUUGUACCCUUUUGUCUCCUCCUACUACUUCUGCUCCUCCCUCCUAUUUUUUUCUUUUAGUCACACUUCUUCAUUUUUCUCUCUUUUUCUUCUUCUCUUACUGUUUCAUCUACUUCAUCAUUUUCCUCUUCCUUUUGCCUUUUUUUCUACUUAUUCUUUUCUUCCUUAUUUUUCCUCUUCGUUAUUAUCCUUCCCUUCCUGCUACCUCCUCUAUUCUCUUUUAUUCUCCUCAUCCUUCUGCUCAUCUUAUAAUUCUCCUCCUACUCCUCCAAAUCUUCUUAGCUUUCUUCCUCCAUAUUUUCGCUUCUUUUUCUCUCGUCUCUUUUUUUUCAUCUAUCUCUUCUUCCUCCUCUUUCUUCUAAUUUCAGUAAUCAUAUCCUUUUACCUUCCUUUCAUACUCUAUUCCUGCACGUCCUUCCGUUAUAUCAACUUUCUUCUCUCUUUCUCGAGUUUUCUCUCUUUACUUAAUCUUUCCUUCUUCUCUCCUCCCUGUUUCUUCAUCUAUCUUUCUUUCUCCUCUUUCUUCUAA